AUGGCCCAACUAAGGCGACUACAGAAUCUUGGGAUGCGCGUACAAAGCCAUGCUCGUCAAGUGUCCUCAGUGGGUCCCCCAGAUUUUCAAGAUAAACACGCAUCUCCACUUGUCGACUUCACUGCCAGCGACUACCUUUUGGAUGGACGUAAGACAAGUUAUGUUGAACAGAAACCUCAGCAGCUCCAACGACAAGACCAGAUUGCUUCGAUUCAGAGCGAAAUCGAUGAUCAGAGAGCAAGGGAGAUGGAGCAACUGGAGUCAGAUAUUGUCCAGGUGAAUGAGCUGUUCACCACAUUGGCCACCUAUGUGCAUGAACAAGGCACAUUGGUUGAUUCUAUCGGGGACAAUAUUGAAGUCGCAUAUGAGAAGGUGGAAGCCGGUACACGACAGUUGGACACGGCCACUAAACACAGAAAGUCCAUUCGACGCAAAAAAUGCAUUUGUAUUAUCGUCGUCGUCAUCAUCCUCAUUAUCAUUGCGACUGCUCUUGGUGUCUCCCUGCGAAGCUAGUUCGGUUGGAAUCUGCAAUCCACUUCCAUAUUCUGCCUUGAUAUGGCGCUGCCGUCCCACCCAGGCCUCAGACGUGCACCACCCGCACUUGACUGUGAUUAGCUCCCUUUGAUGUGCGACUGACGUUUUCAUCUAUCGAUAUAACCGAUGCUCAUCCUCUUUUUUUUCUCCGGCACGUUAUGUCUAUUCAACAAACUCUGCUCUGUUCCACUUUUCUGCUGACUUGAAAUGGGGAGUUGAUGAUGAUGUGGUGUCAUUUUCCUGAAAUGUUUUACAUUGAUUUUGACUUUUCCAGAUAUUACUCUUCUCCGCAUCACGUUUUACUUCAUCUGUGUUCUUAUUGACUGAGGUCGAACAUAAUUAACCCAAGGUCGUGUUCCC